AUGGCAGUGGUGGAGAACUCCUUUCCAGGCAGCAAAACGCCACAAUCCGGACGGGGUCUACAAUCAGAAACUGCAACCAUCACUCCAAUCCUCAAGAAACCUGGUGCCGACCACUCCGACUUCAAUAACUUCCACCUCAUAUCCAACCUCCCUUUCAUCUCCAAAAUCCUCGAAAGAACAGUUGACUCCCAGCUCCACUCUCACCUAUCCCAGAAUAACCUUUAUGAACAGUUUCAAUCUGGUUUUCACCCACUACACAGCACUGAAACAGCACUCGUUAAAAUAACCAAUGACCUCCUCAUGGCAGCUGAUUCUGGACUACUCUCCAUCCUCAUCCUCCUAGACCUACCAGCAGCCUUUGAUACCAUUAGUCACACCACACUCCUCCACCGUCUUUCCACCAUCGGCAUCACCCACACCUCGUUGAACUGGUUUUCUUCCUACCUUUCUGAGUGCAGCCAAUAUAUCCUACCAAAGUCAUUUAAAUCUAAACCCUCCCCUGUUACCUCUGCGUUGCUCGCUCUCCUGCUGCUCCUGUUCACCAAUCAAGCAUCUUCCAUCAGUCCACGCCAGUGUUCGGAUUCCAUCCAACGAAUUUGGAGAGUGACCCGACUUACGUUGAAGGAAUCUACGGAGCUCAUCAAAAAUUACAAAGCCGCCCAGGGGGCCUUGUCAGAUGUCUUCUGCAAGGCGACCCUCCAGGACAUCCCCGACCCCACCAUUUCUGGCCUGGAGGUUUCCGAGCGGCUGGAGAGCAUCUGGGAUCACAUCCUCGCCUUCCGUCCUCACUUGAGGCGGGUCUACGAGCAGCAGGAGGACCUACAGGAGCCUGGUAGUCCAGUUCUGGUUCAGCUGGUGGAUGUCGACCGACGCAGUCAGGACUUGGGGGCCCUAGUGCUGGCCUUCUAUCGGGAGGUCUUCCCAAACCUGCAAGAGCUGGCCGAGGGGCCCGCAGUCGUGGAUCCACCCGCACAGAAUGUUUUCCAGCAGAAGGUCUACGGUUGCGUGGUUCUCAAGACCUACAAGGCGUUCCUGACCAAUACCGCCCGGGAACUCAAGGUCCUCAAAGGGAACGUGUGCACAGUCAGGAGGAGGUUCAACUCCUUGGGAUAA